AGAUCCAUUUGGUUAUGGCAAAUCGACCAGUUCUACUGCUAUUAUUAUCCAUUGCUCUUCUAUUGUGUCCUAUUCCUAUCAGUGCUCAACAAGUACUUCUCGAACAACAGCUAGAUCAACUACCGGCACCCGACCUUGGCGAUAAUGAUGUAUUGCCAAAAAUGUUUCUUACUACUCUCGAAAAAACUGGUGAAAGUCUAAACACCCGCAAUAACAUACCACCGGACACAUUAAUUGAUCCGGAUGGGCGUAUCGUUGCUUUUCCCAGACGGUUGGAACAAAAGUAUGCAGAAGAACUGCAAGAGGAAAAGGAACUUUUCCAACAAAUAGCCAAAAAAGAUGGUAAGGAAGUGGUUUCAUGGGAUACCUAUCUGUGGAUAAUGCUUGCUUGCAUUUGCAUUAUUGCAUGCGGCGUUGUUCCUGCCUUUGUUUUACCACAUGAUUUCACGGAAUUUUUACAGUCAAACUAUGGUCGCCGAAGCUUACAUUUGCUGUUGAGUUUUGCUGUUGGAAGUCUGAUUGGUGAUGUGUUCCUCCAUUUACUUCCAACUGUUUGGGCAGAUACUCAAGCGGAUAGGUUGACAGCAGGUGUCUGGACCACAGCAGGUGUUUUGUUUUGCUUCAUGCUGGAGAAGCUCUGUUCAACAAAUGAAUCUAGCCAACGCAGAAUGUGCGCCAUAUUAAAUCUUGUCGCCAAUUUUAUGGACAAUUUCACUCACGGGUUAGCCGUUGGUGGCUCAUUUCUAAUGGACACGAAGCUUGGUUUGUUGACGGCAUUCUCAAUAGUUAUCCAUGAGUUACCCCAUGAAAUUAGCGAUUUUGCCAUCUUACUUCGCGCCAAUUUCAACAGAUGGUCUGCGGUUAAAGCCCAGUUGUUGACCGCAGUUGGUGGUGCUCUAGGAGCAUGCACAGCUUUAUUUUUGCAUACCGAAUGUGCGAUAAAUGGACCAUCUCAGAACAUUUUGCCAUUUACUGCCGGUGGUUUUAUCAAUAUUGCUCUCGUCCAAAUACUACCCGAGCUAAUGAAGGAGACUGAUUUAAGGCAAAAUAUUUUACAGUGGAUGUGUUUUUUGAUUGGUAUUACAUUGAUGGGUGUGCUGAAUCAAUUCCAUUUCGACUAG